CAGAGAAUCCCAACCUAGAUGCUCAUCCUCAAAACAGCUACCUCUUCCUUGCACAGAUAUUUCCAAGCUAAGCUACGCUCCCUAACCUUGAAAGAAAAACCAGUGAGCAAACAGAAGAAAUGAUGAUGGCCAUGGCAAUGAUGAUUGAAACCACCACAGCCGUCCGAUUCCCCCCCUCUACCACUCCUGCUGCAAAUUUCUGCUCCUCCUUGCCACGCAGCAGCUCUGCCAUUUCUUGGUGACUUAAAAACAAAAUUUAAGAGCUUUCUGCUUUUUAAGAGCUUAAAAUGUGAACAUUCUAGCCACAUGAAUUGCAUCUUUGCCACUCUAGUGUGUGUUAUUAUCAUUGAUAUUUGACAUGCUAUCUCUAAUAGCUUCAUUUCUUAGUUUUGGUUCCAUUUUGUACUGUAAAAGCAAGAGUUUUUGUAGAAAUGCAAUCUCUGAUUCGUGGUAUGGCAGUUGGUUUAGAUACCCUUUUGUUCUUUCUGUAUUUUUAGAGCUUUUAAUGUGUUUGCUAAAUAAAUUAUACUGCUCUCUGCCAUCUGUGUGGAGUAGUAUUUUUGUUCUCGAUUCUAUGCUUUGCUGCACUGGCUACUGUCAAGGUUAAAGUUUUUUCUGUUACAUUUCAAGAUAAUGAAAUUGGGUUUUUUUAGGAUUAGUGGAAAUGCACCUGUUUUUUUUCUCAGCUCCUCUGGUUCUUAAUCUGAAGUUAAAUUGGGAGUUUUGGGGUACAGAAGUAAGGAAUGAACCUGGUUCUGGAUUGGUUAAGCUUAGCUUAUUCGUGGAUCUGCGUAAAGAAAGGAAAUCAAAGGUGAAACUUUUUUAUGCUUAAGUUAGUAUCUUUGGCAGGCUACAACGGGGAACUGGUAUAAAGUGAAGGGGCUGUGGGUGUGUUGAUGGAGGUUAUGUACGUAUAAAAUGGUGAUAGAAGGAAUAAAUUUCAAGGAUUAAAUGGUGGUUCUUUCUUUAGAAGGAGCAGUCGUUUAAAGAGUAAGACUCAAGCGUCUGCAGAGAAUUUAGAUUCGAACUUGGAAUCUUCAGAGCAGAAUGGUAAAAUGCGAUACCAUCCAUUUGAGGAUAUUGCAGUGUCAGCAUCAGAAACAAGCAGUGAUGCUAUGCUUACACCUCAAGAAACAUCUAGGACUAUCGUUGAGGGUGUUAUUUCAGGCGAAAAGCAAAGCAACACUAAUGUUGACUGGUGUGAUAAAUGAUGAUUUUCAUGAGAACAUUAUCUGGCCAGACUUGCCUUAUGUGACUGACGAACAUGGGAAUAUAUACUUUCAAGUGAAGAAUGAUGAGGACAUUUUGCAAGCACUAACUACAGAAAAUAAUUUUGUGCAAGCCAUUAUAGGUUUUGAUGCCAUGGAGAUGCUCAGUGAGAUGGAGUCAUUGGGUACAUCUGAAAUUGAUUUUGGGGUUGAUGAAAUUGAAGAUGAAGAUAGUGAUGUCGAAGAUGGGGGCGAUGAGGAUGAGGAUGAUGAUGACUAUGAUGAGGACUUGGUGGCUGUUCUUGAUGAUUCGGACGAGGAAGAUGAUUCUGACGAGGAACUUGGAGACUGGGCAAAAUUAGAGACGAUGCGUUCUUCUCAUCCAAUGUAUUUUGCCAAAAAGCUGGCUCAGGUUGCUUCAGAUGAUCCUAUAGACUGGAUGGAGCAGCCUCCUGCUGGUCUAGCUAUCCAGGGCCUUAUUAGACCUGCCUUCAUGGAAGAACACUCUGACAUCCAGAGGCAUAUGUCUGGCAAUCAGUCUUGUGAUGCUGAUAUAAAUAAGGUUGGGAAAAGUGUAGAAGGCAAACUAGAAGAAUCUGGUGUGGUAAAUGGUCAUGAACACAAGUCAGGAUCAUCUGAAGAUAGUUCAAUGUGGGCAGAGGAAUCGGAGAAGGAUGAGGCCCCAAGAAGUGGAACUUCAUUUUACAAGCUGGAGAUGAUUAAAAUUCAGCUGAUUUCAGCUCAUGGACACCAGACUAUGGUCGAAGUAGAAGACUUUAUGAAAGCAAAACCUGAUGCAAUUGCACUUUCGGCAGCCAGAAUCAUAUCUCUAAUGAAAGCUGGUGGAGAAAGGAUUACACAGGCCUUUAAAUCUCUGUGCUGGAGAUGCAAGGGUAUUCAAGUGGAGGAGGCGGCAAUUAUUGACGUAGAUUCCCUUGGAUUUGAUUUGAGAGUUUGUUCUGGAACACAAAUCCAAACGCUGCGGUUUGCAUUCAAUUCACAGGCAACUACAGAAUAUAGUGCUGAAAGACAGCUGAAUGACUUACUAUUCCCAAGGAUCCAAAGCAGGCUGCCGAAAAAGAAACCGACUCAUCAGAACGAUCACUAACAUAAUGCCAGAAUCCAGUUUUUUCUGGAUGGUUUGUUGUAUCCUUAGGUGUUGAGAACCAAACGUGUCUGUCUAUUUGUUAAAAACAUUUCUGCAGUUCGUGUUCAUAUGUAUUUAUCCAAUUGUAGUAAUGCCAUAUAAAAACAAUGCUAGAAUGAUCAUUGAGAAAUCCAGUUUUCCAAGCUGCUUAAAAGAAAA